AUGUCCAGUCGAACGCGGCCUAUCGAUAAGUUUGCUACUGCCGCUGCUAAGUGCUCAAAAGAAGCCUCCUUAUAUGGGAAAUGCAUAGUGGCAGACUAUAACAAUGUCUACAAAGACAAGUGCUCCGUGGAAUUUUUGAGAUUGAAGGAUUGUUUCCUAGCUGCGAGUAAAAGAAGGACAUGAACGCUAGGGUAGGAAAAAGCGGUCAUGUAUCCAAACGACACUGCAUAAUGGAAUCGGCGUUUGCAUUUGAUGAGAAAGAUUUUGUUUAAUGCCUGAUGUUUGAAACUCUAUCUAUGAAAGAUUCUGAUAUCACAAUCGCAACCAUCCAUAUACCUAUGCGCCACAAGCGUUCUUUUUUCCUUUUUUGGCCUAUGCUCAUAACUUGACAAGGCGUAGCAAGAAUGUUGCUUUUUGUAAUUCGAACUCCUCCUUGGCAAUGACUGUCUCAUCGUCAUUCUCAGGGAUCUUGCCCUC